GAGGCCAACAGCUUCAUGGACGACCUGCUGCUUGAUGCGUCGCCGGGCUGGUGGCAAACCUACCACCCCGACAACGCCGACACGGCGCUGAUACCAUUGCAUAUUGCAGAGGAGUUUCUGGCGCUGCAAGCGGCGCAGCCGCUGCUGGAGCCGCAGCGCUGCAGCUUCGGGGUGCUGGCGGCGUUGCUUUCUGUGGCGCUCUGGGCCCUGAAGGCCAAUCAGUUGGAGGGCUUUCCCGACGGCCCUGUGGGGCGCAGACCCCCAGAGGUCCUGGUCUCUGGCAACGCCCAGCAAAUGGCGAAACUCUGGGAGGAGCGAACGCCGCAGUUCUUCUACGAUCUGCUCACCACCCGCUUUCGCAUCACCGAGAUUUUAGAGCAGCUGGCGGCCGUUUGGCCUCGCCCAGCUAUGAGUUCGCCCUCGCGGCCUGCGGCGAUCCCGGCCAAAGCUGCGCGGCGGGUGCUCUUCCUCGGGGGCGGCGACACCACCUACCAGUGGGGCUCCUUCACAGUGAGGGGACGGCAAGUCGCCAGGGGCUUCCGCCAGCAGGGCGUGGAUGCUCGCGCCUGGAACUCCCCCUGCGAGGCGUGGUGCCGGCGAGAGCCCGACGGCUGGGUUCCCACCAGCUUCGUGCACGUGAAGUACUUAUGUCUGUGCGCAGCCCUGGGCUGGCCGCGGGCGGCGCACAUCUAUGAUCCUGUGGACGACAUCUUUGGGAUGCCGAACAACGCGACGCUGAUCGACGCCGUCCUGGUGCAGACCGCCUUGGCUAAGAGCGACUUGGAGGAGCACCCGCCCCUGCGGCAGCUGCGUCACGUGGCGGUGCAUUGGCUGCCGCUUCACCACUCCAACUUCCACAACCUCCGCGUGGAUCCUUCGGAGCCCAUUAAUCGUGUGGGCGUCCACACCGUCCAUGCAGAUCAGGAGCUGGAAGGCUGGGUGAAUGAGGUGCUGGCAGGGGAGGGCCCUGGGGCGCCGCGCUUCGUGCACUUGGAUCCCAUGAAGCUCUUUGAGCCCAACGAGGGGAAGAUCACCACGCCACAGCACACCGACGCCUUGUACCAACAGCUGACUACGCUCCAGGUGGGGUUUGCCAAGCAGUCCGGUUGUCGCUCGGAGUGGUGGUCCUGCAGCCGCUGGAAGACCGGUCAGCGGCUGGUGAACAUGCUGAGUGUUGGCAUACCCACCAUCGUUUGGGGCGAUGCCCGCGGGCAUUUGGAUGUGCUGGAGGGGCUCUGGCCACCAGAUGAGGACACGGAGAGGGAGCAGAGAGAUCCAUCUUCCGUCCAGGACCCCCACUGCGGCCUAAAUGGGCGUGGAGGCCUUCCGGCCUGCUAUCCCAAGGAGAGUUGGUGCUCUCCUCCGACGAUGAGCUCCCAGCUGCCCUCAAGGCGCUGCUUCACAACGCCUCGCUGCGGGCGGAGGCAUCCAAGCAAGGCCUCAAGCUUGCGGAGAGGUUUGAGCUGCACAAGAUGGUGAAGCGGCUUGACGCCAUCCUCUUGGACAUCGAGGCUCGAAAAGCUCGGGCGCGCUGAGAGCGGCAAACGGAAAACAAGCGCCUUUCGCAUGGGGGGCGC